AUGCAGCUCAAGAACCUGAUCUUCGCCGCCGCUACGGCUGCCGCUCUUCCGGCCACCGACGCUGCCACCAACCAGCCCUUCGGCGUCAUCUCCAUCCACUCCGGCAGCGGCGUCCAGUAUGCUCCCUUCAACGCCGCCCUCGGCAGCAUCUUCGCCGGCCUCAAGAGCCAGAACGCCAGCUGCUCCAACCCCCAGGACCAGACUGCUACCUUCGUCCUCGACAACGGUGCUCUCUACCUGUACGACCAGUCUGCGACUCCCCAGGAGCUCUACGUUGACCGCUCCGGCAUGGGCCAAGGCAAGAUCGGAUACAUCACCGGCGCUCAGCCCGCCCCCAAGAACGGUGAACGCCAGGGCUGGUCCAUCGACCAGAACAACCACCUGCAGUUCGGUGGAAAGGACCUGAUUGCCUGCCCCAACAGCAUCCAGGGCGCCUGGAGCAUCUGGGCCGAUGCUGGUGUCGAGAAGCCCGGCUGGAACGAGGGCUGUGAGGGUAUUGCUGCCCGCGUUGAGUACAGCAAGAACCCCAACGUUUGCUCUUACACUUCCAACUAA